UAAACAAUAUAGAAUAGAAAGAUUGUUAGUUGUAAAGUGGAAUGAGUGAGAUAGCAAGAGAUUUGUCAAAAAAAAGUUAAAAAAAGGAGAGGGAGAGGCUUGCUGAUCAACUCUGCCACAGCCAUCGCCGUAAUAUUCACGACCAGGCAAAGCUCCCGCGCCCGCCGCCUCUCCUCUUACCGCUGGUCCAUCCCCUAUCAUACACUACAGAAAAUCUCCCUACACCUGAUAUAGCUAGAUCUCUCUUUCAACAGAAUCCAUCCCCUAUUAUAGGCUUGGCCUGUCCUGGUCAUAGAUUUAGUGCGUGUGACUUGAGGUUAUUAUUUUGAUAGAUUAAUGUUUUAUGUCUUAGGUUACUGGUCUGAUCAAGGCAAUAAAACUGGGGGUUUAUUUUGAUGCCUUGUAAAAAGUUCUCUUUUCUCUGGGUUUGUGAGAGAUGGGACUAAACCUGAACAGAUACAAUCUGGUGUUUCUUUCUUGUUGGUCAUUACUGGAUAUACUUACAGAAUCCUUUUCUUGAAAUCUCUCUAUAGUCUCAGUUCCAGAUUGAGACUUCUUCUUUGCGGGCUUUGUCUUUUCUUGACACCCGUACACACGUUUCUGUUUCUUACAUAAAAAGAAGGUGAUCUUUCUAUUAACCUUAUUUAGAAAAGGAGGGGGGUUACAAAUCUUGGAGGAUUUGAGCGAGGUUUGGUGGGAUAUUGAGCUCCUGAUUUCGAAUCUAGCGUGGCUUGUUCAAUAUUUAUGACUAUGGUUGUUUUUGGAUAGCAGAUACGCAUGCACAAGUAAGUACAAUCACCGUGGUUUUACACUGUGGACAUUCGAUUCUCAGAAGCCAAAAGCAGACACGUUUGGUUUGCUUUACUCACUUCUCUAUAUCUGAAGAAAUUGCCAUCCUUCUCUACAGUUUAGUCUCAAAACCUGCAUGCACCAACAAAGCCAAAAUAACCCAAUUCAUCUCUCAGCAAAUAUUUAUCAGGCGCAAAAUCAAGAAGAAACAUAAAAGAUUAGGUUUUUAGAGCGAUGCAAAGAAAGAUGCAGGGAGGGAGUGAGGAUGUGAAGCCAAAUCAAGAAAGAAGAUUGAAAUCGACUCAAGGAGAUGAUAAGCAGCAGCAGCCGCAAAAAUGCCCUCGCUGUGAAUCUCUGAAUACCAAGUUUUGUUAUUACAACAAUUACAGUCUAUCUCAGCCUCGAUACUUUUGCAAGACUUGUAGAAGGUAUUGGACUCUUGGUGGUACCAUGAGGAAUGUUCCUGUAGGAGGUGGUUGCCGAAAAGGAAAGCGCGCAAAAACAUCAUCUUCUAGUUCUGGCGAGGACUCGCGGUUACAGCAACAGCUACAGCAACAAUCACAACUUUUGCAGCAUAACUUGGCAAACCCGCAAAAUAUCCUUGCUACCACUAAUUCAGGUAAUUCUGUAAGUCCUGCUUCGAGGACCAAAGAAUCAGGGAAUUUGGUUUCACCUCCUCCUGGGAUGUCUUCAAUGGGGUCUUAUUUUCCUGGUGAUGGAUUCUUGACUUCUUUAGAAGCAAUUCAGUCCUUGAAUAAUAACCAACCACCAAUACAGUCUUUCUCUUUUCAGCCUCUAAAUCAACCUGUCAAUCUUUGUGGUGAUUUAGGAGAUACUUCAAAUUUGGGUCUUUUGCAUGGUUUCAGUGCAGUUCCUGCUUUCGGGUCACAAAAUCAACAGCAAAGGCAAUUCUACCAUGUGGAUAAUAGAGGUAAUAAGAGCGUUGAACUUUCUUCUUAUCCACAUGAUCAAGAGAGCUUGAUUCAAUCAAGCAGGCCAGCUGCCACAUCCUCUCAUCAACAGCAAAAUUGGCAUCGGGGUUUUAUAAGCAAUAGCAACCCUACUGUCUCUGAUACUGUUUUGUGGAGCAUAAGCACCAGCACCACCAUAGGGCACCCUAACAGUAACAUCAACACCGGUACUGCUGGCUCCGCAUCCUUGAACCCAGAUCAAUGGCAUCAUGAUCUGCCGGGAAAUGGACCUCCAUCAUGAUGUCUAUAUAGCUUGUUUAGCUAUUCUUGUAGGUCUCCGUCAAGACUCCAAUGAAACAGGCGGCAUGACUCCAAGGCAUUAAUUCUUUGCUUUUUGUAAGCAUGAAAACCAAAGGGUCUCUUUUUCUUGUUUCCCUUUACCUUGGCAUAAUGAUAGUGGUAUAUGCAUCAUGGUUCAUUACGGGACAUAAAUAUCAAGACAGAAUAUAAUUGUGAUGUGGUGUAAAUGGAAGAGCAGGGGCAGUAGCCUUUUAUGCUUAUAUUACAGUGAAUUUCUGCGUUGCUGUGUAGGAACCUUGAUUAAAGAUAUAAUAUGCUUGUAAAAGCUUUUGUUUUCUCCU